AUGGAAACGUUCGAGCCCAUUUGUGAAACUAUUGCCAUGCUGAAUGAUCAAACAGUCCAUAUUGUAAUUGAAGCACUAUCGAAGUUUCAAAAAGUUGUUAAUGAUUGUAGGGAUAAGAAGAAUCAGGAACAUGUUCCUGUAGUUAGCACACUUUCAUCAAUCGCUGAAGACAGAACAUUUUCAUCAGCCUCAGUUAUGAACCAUGCAGAACCUGUAGACCUAUGUCCAUUUGCCAUGGAGCCUGUUAUAAAGGACCCCAUAAUUAAGAAAAGGAAAAGUGGCAGGCUUAAGGGUUCGGCACAAAUCGAUGCAAAAAAUUGUGUUGAGGAGGUAGAAGAGGAUGCAGGAAAUGGUGUUGAGGAUGCAGGAAAUGAGGAGGAUGAACAUGCAUUGAAUGUAGGAACAAUUAAGGUUAAGGCAAAGGAAAAGGCAGAACAAGGUAAGGGCAAGGGAAAGGGUAAACCAAUAAAGGGGAAGGCAGGAACAAUUAAGGGAAAGGAGAAGGGCAAUGCAAAAACAGGUAAGGGAAAGGGAAAGGGAAAUGUUAAACCAAGUAAGGGAAAGGGAAAGGGAAAGGGAAAGGGAAAGGGCAAGGGCAAUGUUGAACCAGAUAAGGGAAACGAUAAGCGCAAUGCAAAACAAGACAUGGAAAAAAGUAAGGGGAAGCCAUUAUAA